UCAAAUGCACUCCUUAGAUAAUAAUAAUAAUAAGAUAUAAUACAAUUAUUUUUGAGAAAAAAAUGAAAACGGGUCAGUUUGUAACUUUCACAAGGUUGGAGUAAUAACAUGUUCAACUACUUAAGACAUUGUCUCGAAUCUAGGAUGUGCCUUCAGAUUUUGAGAAAAUGAACAGCUAUAAGGAAGAAUUUUUCACAUCUCUUAUUGAUUUCUCAACCCCCAAAGCCCAGUCUGGUCUGCUUAAGCGUUCCUGGAAGUCUCUCGAUGUUGCGUCUCUGGGUUUUAAACUCUAUGUUUACUUGUUACAAACGAACCCGAGAUGGCUUCGAGGAUAUGUUGUCAUAGCGACGAAUGGACGCUCUGCCUGGCUCGGAUGGAAUCGUAAACUGCGUAAAACUCCUGUCUCGACAUUAUGGCUGAGACUCGUGUCAUUCCAAGUGGGAAAGUCUACCGCCAGAUGUUUGACGCCCAGGUUCAGCUGUCAAGGUCUCUACAUGAUACUCGGAGGAAACGUGAGACUAAUGAAGGAUUCUUACCAAGGGACAACCCUCCUCUUAGUAGGGACACAGACACUGGUCUGCAGCAGCGAAUUAGAACUCUUCAGGCUGAAACCCACCAAUGCUCAGAGGAAAUGGCUGUUAGGGACCAACUGUUCUCAGGCAUCAAGCAUUGCCAGACGAGUGAGGAGCAGCUUGUUGAGGAGGAGAUCCGUGGACUUCCUGACCAUGUUGUGGCAGAAAAGCCAGGGUCAGACAUCAUUCACCGCCUGAUGGAGAAAAAGCAGAGGAACCACCUAGAGGCUAUGGCACAGUUGUACAGGGACCUUUCUGUGCUCAGUGUGGAGUAUGAGACAUUAUUCAGGCAAACUGGGCAAGAGGUGCUGCACCAACUCUCAGUGUAUGAUGGCAAUGUGGAGAGACAAAUGGAGAGGAUUGAAAAUAUUUCUGAUUUGGAGAAGUUCACCUUACAGGGACUUCAUGAGUUCUGGGAUACAGUGAAACAAGAGUCAGUGAUUAGGAGGAAGUGGAUCAAGGAUCUGGAUAAUACCCUGGCUAAGUAUGAGUCUGACAGAACAGCCAUGAUUGCAGCAUUGCUGAGAAAAUACACAGGGAAACUGGAAAAAGUCUGCUACGUAAUGCCUUCGGAUAUCCACCGACUGAUCAAUAGAGAAGCCAUGAUGAUAAACCAGGCUAUUCUAGCAAAUAGACGAGCAGUGGCCAAGCUCUACCUGAACCUGAUGGAGAAUGAUCUACAGAAGGAGGUAUUCCACCGACUCAGAUGGGAGGACAAACUGCAAGACUGGAAGAGCUUUAAGGUCCUUGGUGUGGUCAGCAGGUUCAAAGAUUUCAUGGGAAGCCCUCCAAUCCAGGGUCCUAAGGACGUACAAGCUAUUCUGGACACCAUGAGUGCAGCACAGCAAUCUUUUAGAGAAAAACGCAUCAAAAUUCUUCAGUCACUCACUGCCAUGAUACCUCCAAGAUGUUCAAAGACUCUAAUCGCUGAGUGGUAUAACUCUUUGUCAUCUGUCAACGAGCAAAUUGAUUGUAUGCACAUUGAAUCAAUGAGGAAGCUACAUUCCUAUUAUGAAAAUACUUGGCAAGAAUGCCUAGCAGAGGUAGAACAAGUCAAGAAAGAGAUUACUACAUAUGGGGUUUCUGCAGAAGAGAUCCAGGAUACUGUUAAUGUUGAGUUCCUGCCUCUGAUUGGGAAAUGCCAGAGCCAGACCGAGGAGCACCUUGCCACCAUGGAUAGAGCAUUUGAGUCUUUGGCCAAGAGAGCUGCUGUGCUAAGUAAGACACUUUUCAAAUUCACACGUGGGGCAUCUCACCUGUGGGAGGUGCACAGUGCUGGGCUGCAGAGGAGGGAGCAGCAGCUGCAAGACCAGCUGGACGAGGUGCGCUACAGUCAGGAGCAUGAAAUCCAGAAGAAGGAGGCUAAUCUUGAUGUUAUGUUGGACAGACUGAGACAGGAGAGCACUGAAGAGGCACUCAAAAUCUCACUGGAGAAGGCUCUACACUCCCUGGAUGAAAUAAAACUUGUAUACAUGCACUUCUACAAAGAAGAGGUGGACACAGUGGAGAGUUAUCCUGCCAUGGUCUUGGAGGAGCUGCACUCUUACAGCUUUGCUGUCAGUCGAUUCUUCAACGUCAAGGAGAUAUAUACCGGUAGUCAGGACUCAGAGGAACUUCGCUCCCUUUAUCCCGUCAUAAACCUUGAUUUAAGUGGGAGGGCCAGUGUGAAGAGGACAAGACAGACCACUGUACAGGGAAGGAAACGUUGUCCAGGAGGAUUCCAGAAAAGUCCAAAUCCAGCACAUUCAUCCUUUGAUGAAUUUGACACUGAGGAUGUCAUUGAUUCCCAUCGGGAGUUUCUUGACUCUCAGUCCAGCGAGACAUUCUGCACCUCUAAAGGCAAUAUAUACAACGGUCAGAGCUUUGUCUCUCAAUGGGACACGGAGCAGGAUUCCAUUCCAUCUGAGAUGGAGUUGGUUGUGUUCCCCAGAAGUCUUCUUGCUGAUCUACAAAAAGAUAUACGUCUGUUGUUUUUCAAUCACCUCGAAGAGAGAUAUCAGACGGCUCUGACCAACACGAUGAAUAUUGUGGCAGCCAAGAAGGAAGCACUGAAGUCAGAGCAGGAUCUCCGGCUGCACCUCCACCAACCACGGGCUAAGAGAAUCGAGGUGGACAUCCACAAUGUCCGUGCUGCGGAACUGGUACUGCACAGAGAUCGUGUGGAUAGGCACUGUAAAGGCAUCUUGCAGGCCCUUGGCAACUGCCGAACGGACUUCCACGAACUCCAGAUUCGACAGCACAAACUGACUGAGGACUUCAGAUCCCAGAUUUACAGCAUGGAAGAUGUCUUUACCUAUGCCACCAAGUCAGACGUGCUGGUUGGACUAUGUGGUACGCUGCAAUCCAAUUUGGAGAGCCACAUGAACAUCAUUCAGGCAUCACAGAGAAACUUCAGACAGACUCUGGAGUCCAAGCUGGAUGGCCUAAGAGAGACCAACGUCCAGUUAAUCAAAUCAUUUAAGCUGUUCUCAGAUGGAGGGAACUUCACACCCAAAGAGAUAGAGGCGCAUCACAAACGGAUUGAGAAAAUGGUUAAACGUAUCGACACCAACGACGAGGCCAUAAUGCUGGAUAUGGAGGGGACAGAGUCCAAGUGUCUGGAGCUGGCGAAGGAUGUGAUAAACAGGUUUGAGGAGAAAUUCCACUUUUUGACAGUGGAUUUGAAGUUUCUGGAGAAAAUCCAAGGAAUGCUAACAAAUACACAGGUUCAGAUAAAAACAGAGGCAACAAAGAGCAACAUGCAAAAUAAGAAAAUCAACAGCCUCCUGACAGAGUUAAAAAGUUUGGUAGAUACUUGUGCCAGAAGCAGUCCAGAAAAGACAGUGACGACAGAUGAUGUUUUCACUUUUACGUGGUCUAUAAUAGAGGAAUUGAGGGCACGAUGCCAUUAUCUCCAAUGCUUUUUGAACCCUUCCAUGGCAGUACUGAUGCCUGAAUGCCCUCUCCAGGGGGCCUUCGCUGUUGCAGCACGCCCAAAGUCCCGCAAGUCAGCAAGCCCUGCCAUAGACGGUCUGCUCCAGCCCAGCCGCAUGGGGGUGUCCUUCAUGGAUGAUGUGGCAGUGGGGGUCAUCAGGGGACUGCUGAGGCUAACCAAGACAAAAGUCACCCAGGAAGCCAAUUCAGAGUCGACAGAGAGGGUCUCAGCAGCAGUCACAGUCAGGUUGUCGUCUCCUAUUGGGCAGAGGUCAGGGGAUUCUGCCGAAUCUGUCAGUGCACAAAGUGUGAAGAGGUUUUCUAAACCCACUCGCUUUGACAAGAGAUUCCAGGUGUUUGGUCCCAAACCAGAGACACAUGGCGUAACUACCUUCAAAGGUUUGAUAACCAGCAUUCUUUGGAAGACCAAUGAUAUUCUUCUCCUGGUUGCUGAGGAGUUCUAUAAGAAGAAGGAACGCCGGCCUAUCACAAGGCCUCAGUACCUCCAGGAGACGUUUGAACAAUGUGCUGAGGAGAUUAACAAAAGGCUGCUCGUCUACCAGAGCCAAACUCAGGACUACCACAACAACUGUCUGCAAGAAUUCCGACAGCAGCUGAAAGACAUUGAGGAGGGUCUUUCCAAGGUGCCUGGGGUGCUCAUCUCUAAACUGGGAGAACAACACCUGGGGAGCCUGAGCCAGGACACGGACAACAUCCGUCAACAGCUAGGCAUCACUCUGCAUGAGAGCGAGGGGAGGAAGAAAAAGCACAGUGGCAAGCUGAGUGUGCGUCUGAGCCAUCCUGCUUGUGAGAAAGAGCUGGAGGCCUUGAAUCGUGCUGAAGAGGAGAGACAAAGAGAGCUGACCAAUGCCAUCACGAACACUCUGCAAGAGCUACAAACAUGUGUGAGGAAACAUGGGGAGGAGUUUGUGAGAGCACUCACCUCUCUGACAGAGAACCUGCUGUUCCAGAUGGACAACCUCCUGACCGUAGAUGAGGUCCAAGUUGGCCAAGCUGAAACGAAGAGUGAAAAUGUCACCACUCUAAUUCGCCGAAAACAAGCUGGUAUUCCGCUAGAGGAGAAGCAAAGUGCACAUCUAAUUCAGCGAGGCAGCAGAACGUGGCCAGGAAUCUCUUACUUUGGAUCCAGUACUGAUGGUCCAGUGGAGCAACCAUGCAGGAAAACAGCCUCCAUCACCACUGCAAAGACCACCUUAGGCCACCUGAGAGCAGUGGAGGCCCGUGAAUCUAUGUACCAGUGCUAUGAGCAGCGGCACAGGGAGGAGCUGGCCCGGGCCGUGCAGGAGAGCCAGUUCCAGAGGACAGAGGUGCAGUGUUGGGAGGAACACUGGAGAGGCUUACUGAACACUCUGACCCAGCUCAACGCUGAGUGAGCACCUAGCAACUCCGCACCAGAGCUCACCAUUUUCUACAGCAGGACUAGACUAGAUUAAAAUGAGAUUUCCGGUGACAAAUAAAAUAAUGGUUUGCAUUUUUCUUUCUCUUUCUGCCACUAAGGGAUUGAAAAUACUGCUUCGCAAAAUUGCGUAUGUGUGACUAAUAUUGGCUAUAAAACACAAUAUUCAAUACACAGAGCGUAGAUUUUUGUUAAUUCUGGCCGGGAUUUUAUCAGAUCGCAGAUUGUAGACUAUGGCUUUUAAAGCCAAUGUUCGGUAAAUGCUGUAUAUGUCAGAUCAAUCUGAAAUUACCUUCAAAAACUGAAUUUUCGACUGUGCAGUUAGCUGUGCUAUGGAUAGAAUCCCAGACAAACUCUUUACAAUGAAUGCAACUUUGUUGUCGUUAUACAUGAUUUUUUUAUUUCAAGUGUUGUGGUCUUCAUAAUUCCACAUGAAGAAAUUGUUAUAAGGUCCAAUGUAGCCAUGUUUUAUGCCACCAUCAAAUAAUUUCUGGGUAACAAUUUAAAGUACCUUGCUGUGAUUGUUUUCAAUUAAAAUGGUCAAAAAUAAAUAGAAAAUUCAAAUUAAAUGUUGUUGGCA